ACAGGUGUUGCUUUGUCCUCAAGAUUGAAUGCAUAAUUCUAAUCAAUACACUGUAACCUGUCCAGUCUGAAAAUCUGAAAUCAGAAACAAUAGCUUUUGGGAAUUCUUUAGAGAAGGCUCACACAACUUGCAGACCCACCACUCACCACUCUGUAACAAAUCAGAAAAUGAUGAACAUGCUGGCCUUUGUUUUUAUUAUCAUGGUUUUGAUUCUACUGUGUACAAUACUACUGCUACAUUAGAACAUUGUAAAAGGGAAUAAAUAAUAAUUGCUGAAAAUGAGGGUGACAUCCUUGGAUUCUUCCAGAGGGAAGACUGUGAAAGAGAGAGAUGAAAUGAAUAACAGAGGAAGACAGCUGGCUAAUUACUUAGAAUUAAAAUUGUGGUUAGACAUUCUCACAUUAUUCAGAAUUAUACAGAAUUAAUUCAGAAAAUUCAGCAUUCCAGAAGUGAUGGUCCUGAGCAUUCUGGACUGGAGAGAUUACAUAAUGUUCCAGACAAAUUUCCAGACUGAACCAUCAAUAAUCAGCCUGUAAUGUGAAUAUACUAUUGAGAUUAUUUAUUUACGUUCCAGGACUGCAGAUCUGAAUUUCUCUGAUCUUUCCUGAACUUAGGGUUUCAGGAUAGUCUUGGGUCUAUUCAUAUCAAUGCCUAAGCUUCAAUGUCUUUCUGGUGUCUCAGCUGUGCACAAUAGUAAUGCGGCCUGACCACAGCUAUAUAUAUUCCUAGCAUUGUUUUUAGACCUAUAUUCAUUAUUUUGAAUGGUUUAAUUCCACAGGGCUGUAGGUGGCCAUGUUUCCUUACAUACUUAAUAACUUACUGAUUGCACAUCAAUCAAGCAUGUGUUGUGCUUGCAGUGUAAUGUUGCAGCAUUAUACAUUGUCUCUGAACUGCGUAACUCUGAAUCAGCAGGAAAUUGGACAUUUUGUUUCACAAGCAUAAGUUUUCAUUCUCAUUCUGCGAUGAAGAUUUACUUGAAAUUGUUUGUUUCUGUUAGGAUAAAUGCAGUUUCAAAUGGACAAGUUCGUGGUGAUGGUUAUAGUGAAGGUUGUUUGGGCCAAACAGGUGCUCGAAUUUGGCUGUUCAUUGGUUUUAUGUUGGCAUUUGGAUCUCUCAUUGCAUCCAUGUGGAUCCUCUUUGGUGGUUAUGUUGUGCCACAAAAGUCAGAUGUUUACCCUGGUAUAGCUGUCUUCUUCCAAAAUGCAUUUAUCUUCUUUGGGGGUCUGGUUUUCAAGUUUGGACGUACAGAAGAUCUUUGGCAGUAAAUACGUGGACAUGGAAGUCCACUGACUACAUAUUUUGUAUUUUCUCACCGUUUGCAUCUUGCUGUGUUCGGUGUAACUUUUGCUGUUGAGUUUACAUGCUGCCACUGUACCAUUUUUCCCUUUUGGAAUUCAUCGCUUAUAUUUGACUUCUGUGUUUUUGUUUAUUUAUGGGCAUUGUCAGGAUGAGUGGUAUAUAAUAAUGUAGAACAGAUUAAAAUGUUACCUAGCAGUUGCUGAAUUCAAAAUGGAGGAUUAUAGCCAAAGUGUAACAUUGUGACAUUUUUUAAAAUGAUGGAUGGGAUUUUCUGAGCAAGAUGUGUUGAGUCACUGAUUUUGUUGUCAAUCUUCCAGUGUGUACCUAUUCCAUAAUUGCUGGGAAAAUCAAUUUUUACAUGGUAUAGCAAACAUGCUGUUCCAUCGACCUUGGAAGAAGUGUGAUGCAAGAGUGGGCACAGUUUCACAAGAUGCUCAAUUAUUUCUGUCCAUGCAUUCUGUGCUGGUACUGGUCCUCUGGCAAGCCCUACUAUGAUCAUUGGCCGUGUAUUCCUCAUUCUUUGUAGUAUUACUUGCUCUUCUCAUAGUCCUAGAGAAUAUUCCCAUGAUCUAUGCCCAAUUGCAACAUUCACAAUUCAGAUACUUCUUGGUAGUCAUUUUGUGUCAGAGAACAAGGAACGAGUGCUCUGAAGAUGUUAUGUGACUGCUGACUUUAAUCACAAGCAGCAAUUAACAUCUUUUGGUCAUUGUGACAUUUGGAAACAUUUUCUGACCUGAUAAUUUGAAGGCUUGAUCAUACUGGCAAAUGUAACAGUGACAGCAAUUGCUGCAUUAAUCUUUCUAUGCUGAAUGGACAGCAAUCCAAGUGCAUACUGCCAAGUUCAAAUCAUUACAAGUAUUGUAAAGGCAAAGCUUUCUUUGAAGUGGGAGCAUCAACAACAAUGCUCAUGCCCAGCCUCUUCAUUAUUUGGCACAAAUCCAUGUUGUAUUUCUGCUUAGUUUCAAUGUGACUUACCAGUCACUGAUCAUAGAUAUUAAAUUGCUCCUCCCAUUACAUAAUCUUUCUUGUUAAUCUGGAAAUUUUAAGUCCAUUCUUUCCACUUCUUUGGGGUGAGGAGGUGGUAGCUGCUGUCUCCUAAUAACAUGGUUAUUUGUCCACCUUACCUUCUUACCUCAGCAAUUCCCCCCCCCCCCCCCCCCCCCCCCCCUUUAAUAACCAGAAAAUGCCUAAUCUAGCAGGCAGUGCAGCUACUGUAUCAUUUGGAAUGUGAUGAGUAGACUGGGAUUCUCACAAAUAUUAACAAUAAGAACUUGCUGAUCUCUGUACCUGGAAAUUUGAUUCAAACAAAAUGCCAAAAAAAACCUAAAAAAAAAAUCAAUUCUGCAGUACAGAAAUCAAACUGCUAAUAAUUUUGCUUGACAGAAAGUCCUGAAUGAGUCUACAUUAGGUGAUAUUAGACCCACCUCUGUCUAGAUUACUUGGUAUAACUGUCCUAAAACUAGCAUGAAUCCAAGAAAUUUGUGCUUGCAGUUUUUUUAAAUGGGGACAGACCUGUGUUAUUGUUUUGGAGAGUUUGACGAGCACUUUAAUCUAAUUCACGAAUGUUUUGCCAAAAUAGAAUGGCAUUAACCAGGUUAUCCACACAAUAUCUUCCUUAACUCCUGUGCUGGAAACAGCUUUAUAAUAUAGAUGCAGCAGAAGUUUCUAGGAAAUUCCCAACCAAUAUUUGUUUUAAAUAUAGAAGCUCCUGGAUGUAAAACUAACUUGAGCUUAUGCAGAGCAACAUACAAACUGAAGAUGUUCUGGGGAUUUAGAGCCAGAUCGAUACCUUGUGUAGUUGCUAUUUGCUGUACCUUUAUCUACAAAAUAAGAUUUGCAUUGUUCAACCACUUAAAACCACUGUUUGUUAAAACAAUGAUGAUGUGCUGGUGAACACUGCAAGAUUGCAUUAAAGAUACUGGGGUUUGUAAGCUGGAGAUUCCUUGUGAAUGUACCUCUCUUAACUUGACUAGCUCUCUUGAGCUGUCCUUUUUCCAAUCUGAAAUCCAAAUUGGUGAAACACAUUACUUACUUCAGUCUGAACAGGAAAAGUAAGUAGCAAUAAAUGACUUGGGUAGUUCAAAGAAAGAUGACCAUUGUCAGAUUUGGGGGAUAUUGUAAUGACAGUUUUAAGAUUAAAAUGAAGGUAAUUAUCAACUGUAUCUAAUCACAUUUUAAUACUGAUGAUGGGGAAACUCAAGUGAUCAGUGGUGGCAUUCUUAGAAUGUUAGUUUAUUUGAAAUUUUGAGUAUCAAUAGCUAUGUUGGCAGCCAUGUCCACUACAAAUCAGUUGACCCUUCUCGUACAGACAUACACAUGGUCUUUAAGUUGUAGCUUAUUAGUAAUUAUGGUUUGUAUAUUCUGCUAUAGUUGUUGCAUUCCUGAAAAUAAAAUAAAGGAUUCCUACAAAAUGCUGAAUAAUAAUUAUUUGAUAUAUAACUUAGUUUUGCACAGGCAUGUAAUGCAAAGUUGACUUUAGUGCACAGUCAUCAUUUAUGACCUUUUAUUUUUCUUUGUUAAAGUUACCAUGGAGCUCAAUCGUGUAUUUUAAUUACUUGCUAUUUUGUGUAAUCAAUACUUCAUUUUUUUAAUUACGAAGUGUAUGUGCAAUCUAACAAUUGCAAAAUUACCAAGUAUUAAAAUCAUAAUAAAGGAAAAUUUCAAAAAUGGUGGAGCAA